CUAUGGAUUCAUACAGUGGCUUUCAUGAUGAUCCUUCUCCUUAUAUUCUUGUUUUUAUUCCAAGCUUCUAAACCAAAUGGAAUGGCACGAAAAGCAUGGCUUCUCCAUGUUCAACCUAACGCAGAAGCCACAGAGUUGGUGCGAGUGUUGAGGAGAACAUCCAUGGCAGACAAAACAGUCAUAGUGACCAUUCUUGAUGAAACAUGGGCAAGUCCAGGCUCUGUUCUUGAUCUCUUCCUAGAGAGCUUCCGAGUUGGCCAAGGGACUCAACGGUUCUUGAAUCACCUUGUGGUUGUUGCUUUGGAUAAUCAAGCAUUUCAAUACUGCAAUGCCAUACAUCCCCAUUGCUUCCAACUCCCUCUAUUUGAAUCCAAAAUUGCUGCAGUAGAGGGACUCUUCACAACCCCAGAUCACCUCAUGCUUAAUAGAAGGAGAAAUGAUAUUCUGCUGCAAGUGAUUGAAUUAGGUUACAAUUUAGUAUUCACGGAAGCAGAUUCGAUGUGGUUUAGGAGUCCAUUUUCAGACUUCCACCCUAUAUAUCAAAUCACAGUUCCAUGUGAUUUCACUCCUCAAAGUGGAAGAAACAAGCCAGAUAAGGGGAUCUUUCACAUGAAAUCUGAUGAUAUAGCAGUUGACUUCUUAAAGUACUGGCAAUUCGAGAGGGUUCUAUAUCCAAACACUCUGGACCUAUCCCUCUGUGAGAUGACUACGCGCCUCGACAUCGUUGACAUGGUUGGAGUGAGGAUUAAAUAUCCGGACCCGGGUAAUUUUGGUGGGUUUUGUGAGGAUAGUAAGGAUAUGAGUGAAGUUUAUACCAUGCAUGCAGCCUGCUGUGACAAUGUAAAGCAUAAGGUGCAUGACAUGAGGCUUCUUCUUGAUGACUGGAUAAACUUCACGGCAAAACUGUCGGCGAAUGCUAGUCUGGGGCCGUCCUCUUUUUCAUGGAGAGCUCCAAAGAAAUGCAUGAGAUGAACAAAUUGCCUUGCCGAGAAUCGCAGAGAAAUUGUUCUGCAUGUCUAAAGAAUCUGUAGUAGAAUUUGACCAUGCUAAUUGGAAAUGGUCGAUUGUAACAUUCACAAAUAUGAAUCACAGAAGUUGAAGAACAUCCAAGCCAUCUUUUCUGCUGCAAAUUUUCUUCCUUUAAACAAGCUCGAGGAAACCAUUUUUCUAAUGCCCCUCUUUG